AUGAUGAAUGAAAAGUUGGAACCAAUCGAACGGCAACUCCAGAACCUUUUAAAUAAGGCCGAUGAGUUUCAGGCACACCUUGUGUACAGGCAUGACUGUCUACAGAAGGAAGGCUUGGCUCUUGUGGUGCCCACCUAUCUGCGCACAUGCCAUCCCUACUUUACUUACCUGGAGUCCACGGCCCGCAGCUGCUUACCUCAGCGCACUCCACUGCCCCCCUACAUCCGGAGUCGGCUGUUGCAGUUCUCUCAGCAGCUGUGCAGUCGUCUCGAGCAGCUUGUGUUGAUGUAUGCCUCCUUCAACUUCCUGUCUCUGGAGGAAGCUGACCCAUCUAGCGUUUCCCACUUCUACAUCGGCCAGUGCAUGAUGGACCGUGUCAGGGUGUCAAUGUUUCGUUACUGUCGGCCGGCCCCUUUCUUGGCCGGGGUUGACGAGAGGUCAGGGUGCGGGCUCUACAAACGAAUGCGCUGGAAUGUGGAGAGACAGAGAGAGAGCCAAGCAGAGACAGAUGAGAAGAUGGAGAGAGGGAGAGGAGGCAGCAACACAGAGUAUUAUUUCCUGUGCUAUGAGGACGUGCUGACUGAACGGAAUGGCGGAGAUUAUGAGAGUGGGAGGGAGAGAGAGGCAGACACAGAAAGCUGCGUGGUCAGGCUGUGGUCCAUCGGCCAGUGGGUCCAGACAGACCCUGACCCCCAGAAGGAAGACAUCUAUGACUGGGUGCUGUGCGCUGUACCACUGGGGCAGUACAGGCAGCUGCUCGAUCUAGGUUUGGAGGAGCCCUCCAUCGGUAAAGCCACAGACUGCCUGUUGGGUGUGCUGUUCUCUCAGGAGGGCCACGGGAACGGCCUAACGGCCACAUAG